AAUAGAUAAUAAGUUCAAAACUCAAAUAGAAAUGUUGCGUACUGAUUAUAAUGAUACUAAAAUUAUUGAUCAUUUUGCUAGAAUUACAGAUAUAGUAUACCAAAAAUUAGAAUUUGAUCAAAUCAAAUUUAAAGAAUACUCAGUCAUUGCAAGUAUUAUUAAAAUGACCAAAGAUGAUUUGAGUUCAGCAGAAGUAAUUUGUUUGGCUACUGGUACAAAAUGUUUAUCUGGUAACUACUUGAGCCUAAGUGGUGAAUCUUUACAUGAUUGCCAUGCAGAAAUACUAACCCGCAGAUGCUUAUUGAAAUUCUUUUAUAAAGAACUCAUGGAAUCAGUAAAAGGUCAUCCUUCUAUAUUUAUCCCAGUUUUUAUCUCAGGUGAUAAAAAAUGUAAGUUCAAAUUAGCAGAAGAUAUAGCAUUUCACUUGUACAUAAACACAGCUCCUUGUGGUGAAGCUAGAGUGUUUAGUUUCUGUGAUACAGAACAACAUUCUAAUCGUUUAAACCGUGGUUUAUUACGAUUAAAAGUCGAAAAUGGUGCAGGCACUAUACCUGUGUUUGGUAGAGAAGUUCAGACAUAUGAUGGCAUUGCUCAGGGUGAACGUCUUGUUACUAUGUCAUGUUCAGACAAACUAACAUUAUGGAAUGUACUUGGACUUCAAGGCAAUUUAUUAUCAAAUUUUAUUGAACCCACCUAUUUAGAAUCAAUAUCAAUCGGAAGUGUGUUCAACAUAAAUCAUAUGAAGCGGACAAUUUAUGGUCGUGUUGAAAAUAGCAUUGAUAAAUUACCACAAAAUUAUAAAUUACAGAAACCUCAACUUCGUGGUUACGGUAUACUUCCUCGUAGAACUGUUACACUAUCACCUUACUGUGUAAAUUGGAUUAUAAAUGAAGGAAUUGAAAUUAUUCAAGGAAGGAUGGGUAGAACAGUUGAAAAUAAGUUGUCCAGAGUAUGUAAAACCUCAUUGGCUAAAGAAUAUAUUAAACUGUGUAGUGCUACAAAUAAUUUAUCAACUCUUAUUGAUAAUGAAACAAAUAUAUUUUAUGAUUUGUUGAAAAAUAAAAAUAAGAAUUAUAUAGCUGCUAAAAAUCAAAUAUUAUCAACAUUUAAGUCAUUAAAACUUGGAACUUGGGUACAUAAGCCUGAAGAACUUAAAAGUUUUGAGUUAAAUGUUGGUAAUGGAAUAAAAAAAAAUUGAUAUAAUAACAUAAUAAUAUGCAUUGAAUAUUUUUACUGAGAAUAAUUUACUUUAAAUCAAUUUUUAUAUAAAAAAUUAUUAGUUGCAAAAGUUUCUAGAAGAGAAAAAUAAAGAAUCCACCCAACUUUCCCUAUAUUUACAUUUUAAAAAUAGUUUCUAUUAAACAGUUACAGUAGAACAUCGUUACAGCAACGCUACCUAUACAUUUGUUGUCUACGUCUUACACACGCAUGACAUAGCAAAUUGUUGUUCAUUAGUUUCAAUAGUGUGCUGUUAGC